UAGUUAAAGACGCGGGCGCACGCAGCCCCCACGCAGACAAGCAGUGCACCCACAGCUUCCUGGCUGCUUCGUCCAUCUCGCCCAAUCGCCCUCCCCUACUACUCGCUCCCCACCACCCUACCUCUGACGCUUCCCCCACCCAGUGCCGCCACUCCCAGCCUUGACUCGUCCGCUGGGCCGAACACCGCCCUCGAGCUCUUCGCUGUGCCCCCUCCAGGCUCCUCUUCCCCGCACGGCGGCGCCGUCCUGGUGGUUACGCGGGGCGCCGGUCGGGCGCGAUCGGCCGUGCGGGCACCUGGGCUCCGGAGAGGUGAGCCGAUCCCGUCGUCGGCCUCGACGUGCCGUUUCUGUUCGUCUGGUGCUGGUGCCCUGGUCGGUGUGCGGUGUUUUUGUUGGGCGUUUAUCUGUUCUACGCGUCCCUGGCGCUCGGGGUGCGACUGCGCGGCGUGUGCGGUGGUGCGGCCACGAUGGUGGUGGAUUCGCUUAGGACAUUGUAAAAUGGAAGUACUGCGUGAUAUGCACCUGCCACCAGGAUUUGGAUUCCAUCCUUCUGAUAUAGAACUUGUUUCUCACUAUCUCAAGAGGAAAAUACUUGGUCAGAAAAUUGAAUAUGAUCUUAUACCAGAGGUGGAUAUAUACAAGCAUGAACCAUGGGAUUUACCUGCAAAGUGCAAUCUUCCAAUCAAGGACAACAAGUGGCAUUUCUUUGCCUCUCGUGACAGGAAGUACCCUACUGGCUCUAGGUCAAACAGAGCAACACUAGCUGGUUACUGGAAAUCAACUGGGAAGGACCGAGCCAUAAAGCUGAACAAGCUAACUCUAGGAACAAAAAAGACGUUAGUUUUUCAUGAAGGCCGACCACCCUCUGGCAGACGCACUGAGUGGAUUAUGCAUGAGUACUACAUCGACGAGAAUGGAUGUAAAGUCAGCCCUGAUAUGAAGGAUGCCUUUGUCCUCUGCCGUGUUACUAAAAGAAAUGACUGGUCAUUAGAUAAUGAUAAUGAGGUGGGCAACAGGAGCUCUCAUCUGGAACAACCAGAUGCUGCUACAUCAGUUGUCAGCACUGUAAAGCCAGAAGAUGUUGCUGCCUCAGUCAUCUGUCCAGAAGAAUCGAACCAUGCAACUACACCAAUUGGCAGUGCUGAACUAUCUAAUGAUGUUGCUCAGGCAGCUAUCACUCCUGCAGCUAUCACUCCUGAUUCAACAACUCCAAAUGGUGGUAAUGAACUGGAAACAUGGCUGCAAGAACUGUUGGAUCCUUCACCUCCAUUUAACCUUGUAGCUGAUACUGGUUCUGCUGACGUGUGUCCGACUGAACAAUAUGCUGAAUCAUCAAAUUUGCAGAAUCCUGGUUCCAUGGCUCCGAAUAUCAGACCAGGCCAUGCUAGCCCUAUCCAGGAUGGAACAGAUGCCACAGACUACCUAUUCACAGAUGAUCUUCCCGAGGAUCUUUACAGUAUGUUGUAUCCUGGUACUGACCAGUUCAAUGAUAGCAUAUUUUUGGAACAAACUGGCCAGGAAGGUAAUAACAAUCAGACAAACUACAUGAUGGGGAUUGGUUCAUAUGUUCUUCCAAACAACUUUGAGAAUGAAACUCCGAAUGCCGAAUUGCAGUUAGAUCAUGAAAAUAACAAGAUGGAUAUGUCAAAUGAAAAUAAUGACACCGGAAUUACAAUACGAAGGCGCAGAGCAACUGCGCCUCCCGCUAACAUUUCACUAGCAGCUGGCAAGAUUAAAAUGCAGGUUGGAAUUAAGAGGAUGGUUACGAGUAAUUCAGAAUCUAUCAACCAGACUAUGAAGUUUACAGAUAACAGUGGUCGUCGUCUUGAUCUCAGGACUGAUGUUGAGCACCAGAAGAAAAAUGCAAACAAUGUCAUUUCUGCCAAGCAGUCUGAUGCAGCCAAUCAUGAAGCCCACAGCAACCAAGGUUAUCUCGAGGGCUUCAAAAGAUGUUCAUCAGCUGGAUUCAGGGCAUACAUAUUUGUUGCCCUUUUUGUGGUUGGAGUUGCUGCUCUAGUGCUGCAUUAUCACCGCUCCAAUGCCAACCUAUGAAUUUGAAUCAUGGAACAUCAGCAUGCUUGAUUGUAGCUCUAGUGGUCAGUGGCAGCAUUGGCUUCGUCCUUGGAGUAGUUCGCUAGCUUUGCUUGCAUUGGAAAUGGAAUAGAAAUCGAGUUCCUCAGCUUAUCUCACUGGGAUUACUGGAAAUACAUUUUUGCGACCACUGAUUCCCAGUUAUCUCCACUUUUUUUUUGUGGUGCUGUACAUAUUAAUUUUUUUUCUCUCUUCUUUUGAUCGUCUAGUUGCUACCAACGGGUGCCUAUCGAAAAUCGAAAAAGAAAAAAAGUGGGAAAAGGGUUGGUCGUAUGAACAAAAAAGAUGUAGCUUCAGACUGUUACUACUAUCCUUAGCUUUGUAAAUCUGAACCAUGUUUGUACAGUACACUACAUAGUGGAGCGGCCACUGCAUUGUCUGCAUUCUCUUUUAUUAUAGCAUCUUUUUGAACAAGUGAA